AUGUGGGGGCUCUCUGGCGGAGCGGGGGAACAGCCGAGUGUGAGACCCCCGGGACCCCGGGAUGGGGGAACCCCUGGGAACGGGGGAAUCCCUGGGAACGGGGGAAUCCCUGGGAACGGGGGAAUCCCUGGGAACGGGGGAAUCCCUGGGAACGGGGGAAUCCCUGGGAACGGGGGAAUCCCUGGGAACGGGGGAAUCCCUGGGAACGGGGGAAUCCCUGGGAACGGGGGAAUCCCUGGGAACGGGGGAAUCCCUGGGAACGGGGCACUGUGGGACUGA